UUACUUUGUGUCGCGCAUAGGUGUUAUAUGGUAAAGAUCGCAAGAACUCAAGCUAAGGAACAAUGCAGAAAGAGAAUUAGAAACUAUUUCUAAAACUGCUGCCAACCAUGAGACGAGGUAAUAAAUAAAUAAAAUUUGGGCGGCCAAGCCAAGCCAUAUAUGCGGCAGAGUCGAACUCUCGGGUGAAAAGAGACGGUCGCAGGUGGAACGCAAUUAGGCUAGAGGUGCUUCUCGGUAAUUCAUAAGUUUUACUCACACCAAACCAAUUUGGUAGACAAAGGGACUAGGGUUACUUGGAUGUAUAGCUUUUUGGAAAGUUUUUUUUUUUUGCCAAAAUCAUGUGGUAGUAUUAAUAUUUUUCCAUGUAUGAUUUAAAUAAAGACUGUGAAUAUGAAAUAGUGUACUAGUAUGAAAAGAAAUUCAGGUAAGUUAGUUUGUUUUUUUAAUCUCG